AUGGCUAACCGUUCAUUGAUAUUACAAAAUGAAGAAUGGAAAAGAUUAAACAAACUUAAUACCGUUAAAAUCGAUAGUGAAAUGGCUAAUAAAGAAAUUAAGAGCUUUAGUGAUGAAAGAAGAGCUAUCUCUGAAAAAUUAACUAAAAAUUGGGAUACAACAGUGUUGAAUAAAAGAAGAAGAGAGUUGGAUAAAAGAAAACAACUUUUAGCUGAUUUAGAAACUAAACAAAUAAUUAGAGACGAAGAAAUAAAACGUAAAAUAUUAGAAAAAAGGGAACAUAUAGUUGAAAAAUCUCGUGUUCAUAGAUGGAAAGCUAUGGAUUCUAUUAAAAUGCUCAAUAGUGCUAUACAACAUGCAGAGGUUCUUAGAGAAAGAAAACUUCAAAUUGAAUUUAAUAAUUCUGAAAAAAAGAAAAUGUUAGAAGAAGAAAAACUAAUGAUUGAUUUACAAAGGAAACAAGCUAAUGAAUAUGAAAAGGAACUUUGGAAUAAUAAAAUAAAACAAUCAAAAGAGAAGUACAAGAUAAAAAAUAAAAAAGCAGAAGAAGAAAUUAAAAAAAAAGAAUAUGAAAACGCUGAAUUGUUGCGGAUAUUUAGGGAAAUAAAAGAGGAAACAGAAAAGAGAAAAGCUAAGCUUCAAUUAUCAAAACAAAAUGCACUAAAAAGUUUAUCUGAAAGUCGAGAAAUGGCAACUAAAAAAAAAAUUGCUCGAGAAUUAGAAAAUCAAGACGAUGAUGCGGUAACGGCAAUUAUUGCUGAAUCUAAUGAGAAAAUCGCCAAAACUAGAAUGUUAAAAGAAAUGGAGAUAAUAAAAGCAAAACAAAAUGUAUUAGAUAAAAUCAAAGAAAAACUUAAUGUUAAACAAGCUAAGAAAGAUGAAAAAGACGAAAUAGUGUUCCUCAAUGCCAUCGCUAAACAAGAAAAAAGAAUUCAAAAAGAACUAUCUGAAAAACUAGAGAUGAAGAAAAUACUUUCAAAAGAGAUGGAAGAUUAUAGGACGGCAAUGAAAGAACUUAAAUCUAAGGAAAAAGAAAGACUUUCGUUGAGUUAUCAAUGGGAAAAGGAAAGACGUUUAUUAGAAAGUAAAAUAAUAAACGAAUUGAACUUGUUAAGAAAAAAAACUGAACAUAAAAAUAAAAUAUAUCUGCGAGAGUAUCUUGACUAUCAAUGUGCCAAUAACAGGGCAGCAAAUAUAGCUAAUAAAGCGGAGGAUCAAAAGUAUUAUGAUAAACUACUUAAAUUAUGGCGUCAAAAUGAUCAAGAAUUCAAUGAAUAUGCCAGAGAAGUUAUGAAAAUAAACCAUGAGUUAAACCGUCCAAAUGAUCCUAUUCUCAAAGUUAUCAAAGAGUACUCAAAAAAGAAUACUUUAUUAGCCGAUGCUGCAAAAAACUGUAUUGAUUCAAUCCCAAAUAUUCCGUUAGGGCCUUUAAAAGUUUUAUGCGGUACAAGUUAAAAAUACAAAUAUACAC